AUGCCUACAAAAUGGAAGUUGAACACCGGAGCAGAGAUCCCAGCCAUUGGAUUUGGCACCUGGCAGGAUGAAGGUGCGCAGGAAGAUGCCGUAGUGGAGGCACUCAAGGCAGGAUACCGUCACAUCGACACCGCGCGCGUUUACGGAACCGAGAAGGCUGUCGGAAAAGGCGUCAAGAAAAGCGGCGUUCCGCGCGAAGACAUCUUCAUCACAACCAAGCUAUGGAACAACAAGCACCAUCCGGACGACGUGGCACCGGCUUUGCAGCAAUCCCUUGAUGAUUUGGGAAUGGACUAUGUUGAUCUGUAUCUGAUGCACUGGCCCGUGGCCUGGAAGAGAGGUGAGGAUCUCUUUCCGAAAAAAGAUGGGAAGCCAAUCAUGGAGAAUAUCGAUAUUCUUGACACUUACAAAGCAAUGGAAAAGCUUCUGAAAACCGGCAAGGCGAGGGCGAUCGGUGUCUCAAACUGCGACAAAUCCGAGAUGGAGCGCCUGAUCGAGAACAGCUCUGUCGUACCCGCUGUGCACCAGAUUGAAUGUCACCCCUGGCUGCAGCAGCAUGACUUCACAGCAUGGCAUCGAGAGAAUGGUAUACACAUCACGCACUACUCGCCGUUUGGGAACCAGAACAGUCUCUAUAGUGAGAAGGGCGGGCCCGCGAAGCUGAUCGAUGAGCCUGUGCUGGUUGAGAUAGGAAAACAGUAUGACAAAACCGGUGCUCAGGUUGCUCUUGCUUGGGGAGUCUCGCAAGGCCACUCGGUGCUGCCGAAGUCCAAAACACCUAUGAGGAUUAGAGCCAACCUGCAAGGCGAUUUCAAGUUGAGCCCAGAGGACAUGAAGAAGAUUGAAAAGCUCAACAAGAAGCUUCGUUUCAAUGAUAGCAGUGACGAGUUUGGUAGAGUCUUUUUCAAUGAUCUGGAGGGAAAGACUUGA